AUGGACUUCCAGUCGCUCACCUACAUCGCUUGGGCCCUUCUAUUCGUUCUUCUUUCUGUGAUUUCCGCCUUCGCCUGCAAAUAUGUGGUUUGUUGAUUGGAUUUCCGAUAGAAAGUACAAAAUGUACAGCUUGAACAUGCAUAGUUUACAAAAAAGUUUCCAGACGAUGCGAAUAAUACUGGUCAGCAUAUUCGUGUAUCCUUUCAUCUUCGCCGCCCUGUUUUUCAUUUUUCGCCAUCAUACUAUAGUAAACAGCGGCAAUGUGCACAACAUCCAACUCAAGUGAAAAAAAAAUGAUGAUUACAGAAGACGGCGUUUUUUGAGAGAUUCAAAGUUGGAGCUCAUCGUGGGUCUCACUACGGCAACAUUCCUGAGAACAGUUUAGAAGCUUUCGCGGCUGUGAGUUGAGAAAUACCCUUUAACAUUGGAUGAUCACAAGCUCUAGGCAAAAAUGGAAGGAGCCCAAUUAGUAGAAAUGGAUCUUCAGACGACGUCCGACGGUGUCGCCGUCAUCUGCCACGAUCCGAACACAUGUAUGAUUUUCUUAAAAGUAUCUGUUUUUCGAGAAAUCAAACUUCCCAACCAAAGAGGUCGUUCUACUCGAAGUUUCAAAGUUUUUCAAAAAUGACGGAGAAAAAAACUUCGAAUGAAUGGAUGGAGUCCUGAAAGCCCCAUUUUUAUUUAGACUUCUAAAAAAAACAUCGCCAAUCUUGAUAGCUUGUAAGAAUUUAGAACUUCCCGGCUUUUUUUGAUUUAGGAUGGUUACAUUCUCCUUUUUUUGAUGUAUCAAAAAAAAUAAUUUCUCUAUCAAAAAUUUGAAUUAGAUGUAGAUUUCACCUGCUUCGAAGACUAAAAUAACUUCAUUUUUUAAAUAUUUUUUUGCACGAUUCGCAUAGACAAAGAGGAAAUUCACACACUUGUAUAUAGUGGGAAAUUCGCUCCGAAUAAUUCUAGAUUUGCUAUAUUUUUUGGUGUUAAGUUUUUUUUUUCAAACGUUAUAAUAUCGAAAACACUGAAUUGGACUCAUUCUUGAAAAAAAAAACAUGAAUGAACCUUUCAGUAGCCGUAACUGGUGUUGACCGAGAAAUCUCUAAAAUGACUCUGGCCGAGUUCAAACAGCUUCGAUUCACCUUAAACAACGGGUAAUUUUGUCCAUCGUUUUUUUUUCUGUAAUAGGUAAUUAACUUGCUCUAGAAGCCUACCAACGUUUGAAGAAGCCGUCGAAUGGUGCGUCCAAAACGAUAUGAUGAUGUUGUGGGACAUCAAGGACGUCACCGACAAUGUCGGCCAAGAUUUUUCUGAAAAAAAUGACAGUUUUAUGGUUCAGAUGACCUCGACUUUUUCGAAGUUGAUCCAGAUAAACAAUUUGUACGGCAAAGUGAUUGUGAGCGGUUUCAACCCGAUCGACAUCUACAAAGUGAAAAGUCGUGACCCCAACAUUUUGACUGGUAGUUUCUAUUUUUUCUAUUUUCUACUGAAAGAAAAACCCAUGAAAUUAAAUUUUAGACUGACAGACGUCUUCAGAAACGAAGUUUGAGAGUGAGUUUUCCAGGAUUCACUUACCGGAGCAGCGAACUGAGUACUGUGGACGAAGAUGGCGUGAAACCAAGGUUUCAAGGAAUACUCCACGUCAUCGCUCUUAUGGUCGACAAUGUCCUGACCGCUCUUGUCAAGUUCAACCUUUCGAGAAAGAGAAAAUGCGAAGAAGGUUUUCAGAUCAUUUGCGAUGCCCACGUUCCUCGGCGCAGACAUGCUCCUUUUUCAUUGCAAUGACGUCAGCAGGUUUGUUUUUUUCAUCUGUCUAGUUAUUUUCGAAAAUUGGAAUUUAACUUUACUCGUAUCUAUUUGUUUUGGAAAAAUAUGUUCCUGAAGCUUUCGUCUGAUUUUCAAGUUUCAUAAUUUCCAAAGCUUUUUGAGGAGUUGAAAAACAUGUUUUCUUUUCCUUUUUCUUCCCCCUUCAUUUCUCAGUUUUUUUUUCCUUUUCCUUUCCAAUUUUCCAAACUUUAUUGAUUUAAAACUGCGCCUAGGUGUAAUAGCUUAAAAACUUUUUAUAUCUUUUUGAUUUAAAGCAAGAGGGUAAAAUGCUGACGAUGGGUCACCCUCUAAGCCGUCCAUUUUUGGGACCCGCUGCGCGAUAUAAAAUAUUCUCAUCUUUAAAACCUUUUUCUUCUAAGAAAUUUCAGAAAUCCUGAAAACCUUGUCAUAAUAAUGUCCUCUUCAUAUUUACUUUCUCACCCUUCAUAUUGAUUAAAAACACUGAAAUGUAAGUAUCUUCAAAACUGUUAGCUUAGACCUUGGAAUGACAAAAAUUUCGCUAUUUUCUUUCCAGAUACGGCGCAAUGGAAGCAAGAAGAAACGAUAUGUACAUGGCUGCGUGGACUUCGAAUAUUCGGGAAGAGAUGGAGUUCUUUCUAAACUAUUUGCAUGUCCCUUUCCUGACCGACGACGCUCGACUGGCCGGAAGAGUCGCUAGAAAUUUAACCCCAUAG